CCCUCAUAAAAAGCUUCUCCUGCAAAAAUCUUCUCCAAUACACUUUUCUUUUUCCCUUUCAAUUUAACACACAGGAUUUAAAAGGACGCAACACCUCCUCCAGCUUCUGCAGCAAAAUUAGAGCGUUAUCAACUCCUCUUUCAUCAUCUUCUUCUUCAAAUAAUCUCAGCAGCGAUGUUUGAUUCUACAUUGGAAUUGAUCACUCAAGCUGCAUCGAACUCUCUUUUCGUCUUCUGCUUUUUCAAUCUCAUCAUAGUAAUCAUCCUCGCAGGAUCAAGACCGGGCUCCGACGUCCAUCAACAAACCGAAACUCUUCUCCCGAUUGGCGUCUACAGAAAUGCGGAUGAUCAGAAGACGAACUUCAACAGAAACAGUGUGUUGGUGGAUGUGAUUGAACCUGUAGAUGAAGGUGAAGGAAAUAUCAGCGAUAGGAGCGAGGACAGGGAUGUUGAGGACGACAAGAUUGAUGAAGACGACAGUGGUGAAGGUGAAGAGGAUGCACUUAGAAGAAGAAUUGAAGAAUUCAUUGCUAAAGUUAAUAAAGAAUGGAAAGCAGAGAUGCUAAGGACAUCGCGCUCGGCUUAGAUUGCUGUUAAAAGCUCGGUGAAAAGCCUGCAGUGAGUUUCUGGAAUUAUGUAUGUUACAGAAAUUUUCUAACAUUUCACAAUAACUGAGCGUAGAAUUGGUGCUU